CUUCAUGUGAGCAUCUGUCUGUCCUGAUUAAUGUCUUGUGAAUCUACCUGAAUAGAGACGGGAUGCAACAAAUCUACAGAUGUGAACUGAACUGAUCGACUGACAAGCUAACGUUGGGAUAUCAGGAAAUUUAUCAGGAUGACAGGUCCAGUGCAGGAUUCACAGAGGCUGUCCGUGAAGACAUGGACAGAGGAGGAGAGUGACCGAGCUGACAGCACACUUAGCAGAGCUCAGUCGAUGUGUGAUGACACUUCUUCAGAGCUUCAGAGAAUGGCGGCAAUCGACAGAAGAGAGAUUAAUAAUUCCCAGAAUUCCUUUCAGGGGCGAGGUGCUCUGUCCAGGAUAGUUGGUAUGGUGAUGACUCUGAGAGAAUGGGCACAGAAGAGUCUACAUGAGGAGACAGAGCGACCAGAUUCCUUCUUGGAACGUUUUAGAGGCCCCGCCCAAAUGGACACCCAGGCCCCGCCCAGCAGGUUCAGCCACAGUCUUACUGGCUCUGAUGCAGGCAAUGAAAUCAGACGCCCCAGACGCAAGAGGAAGUGUAAAGUCGUGGUCUUAUCACCGUCUGAUGAUGCAUACUACAACUGGCUGCUGGUGAUUGGUGCUGCUGUUUUUUAUAACUGGACUCUCCUAGUUGUCAGGGCCUGUUUCGAUGAUCUCCAGAUGAGGAAUGUGUUGGUGUGGCUGGUACUGGACUACAUUUGUGAUGGAGUCUAUAUCCUGGAUAUAGCGGUUCGUCUCCACACAGGUUUCUUGGAUCAAGGCUUGAUGGUGAAAGAUGUGCGCCGUCUGAGGGAAACCUACGUACGAACCCCACAGUGUAAAAUUGACAUUUGCUCCAUUCUUCCAACUGACCUCCUGUACCUGACCGUUGGAAUCAGCUACACUCCCCUUCUUCGAUUCAACCGGCUGCUGCGUCUGCCACGCCUGUUUGAGUUGUUUGAACGUACAGAGACACGAACGGGCUACCCCAACGCUUUCCGCAUCUGUAAACUGGUUCUGUACAUCCUGGUGAUUAUCCACUGGAAUGCCUGUGGAUACUACAGCUUCUCCAAGGUCCUGGGACUGGGCUCUGAUUCUUGGGUUUAUCCCAAUGCAUCAGAUCCUGAGUUUGGUUCCCUGACCAGAAGUUACAUAUACUGUCUGUACUGGUCGACUCUGACACUGACCACCAUCGGAGAAACACCUCCUCCUGUUAGAGAUGAGGAAUAUUUGUUCCUGAUAUUUGACUUCCUGGUCGGUGUCCUGAUUUUUGCCUCCAUUGUGGGUAAUGUUGGAUCCAUGAUCUCCAAUAUGAAUGCCACAAGAGCAGCCUUUCAGAGCCGCGUAGACACCCUGAAACACUACAUGCACUUCAGAAGCGUCAGCAAGGUGCUAGAGCAGCGUGUCAUUCGCUGGUUUGACUACCUCUGGACCAAUCAGAAGACAAUAGAUGAGCAGGAAGUGCUGAGGAGCCUGCCCAAUAAACUGAGAGCAGAGAUUGCUAUUAACGUUCACCUGGACACACUGAAGAAGGUGCGCAUCUUCCAGGACUGUGAGGCAGGCCUCCUCAUAGAAUUGGUAUUAAAACUUCGACCGCAGGUUUUCAGUCCUGGAGACUACAUCUGUAGAAAGGGAGAUGUAGGUAAGGAGAUGUACAUAAUUAAAGAUGGCCAGCUGGCAGUGGUAGGGGAGGAUGGAGUCACCCAGUUUGCUGUUCUGACCUCAGGAAGCUGCUUCGGCGAAAUCAGCAUUCUGAACAUCAGCGGCAGCAAGAUGGGUAACAGACGUACGGCUAACAUUCGCAGUCUGGGAUACUCAGACCUGUUCUGCCUUUCCAAACAAGACCUGAUGGAAGCGCUUCAGGAGUUCCCCCACGCCAGGGCCCAGCUGGAGCAGAGGGGGCGGGACAUCCUGCGGAAGGAGGGGCUUCUUGAGGAAGUAAACGUGUCUGCAGGGGAGGAGCUCGAGGAGAAGGUGGAAAGGCUGGAAACCAGUCUGGAUCGGCUACAGACGUGUUUGGCCCGUCUGCAGAGCGAGUUCAACGCUUCCCAGCUUCGACUGAAACAGCGAAUCACAACCCUCGAACACAACAUCCCCACAGUAGCCACAGGCAGCGGCUUCCUGUCAGACAGCAACGAGAGUGUUUCUGGCGGUGAUGGCGUGCGCAGUGAAAUCAACAUCCGGUUCUGAACGCAUACUCAAACUACAGAAAUGUAUGGAAAAGCACAUGUCAUUGUUCCUGACCCGAGGUCAGAACAGAUUAUGGACCCAAAUUAUCCUGUAGUGUGAGGGCUUUACAGACACAAUCUUAGGUCAGCACAGUGUAUUUUAAAGUGCGAGCACAACACAACAUGUUGGUGAAGCUUCCCAGUCAGCUUGUUCUCAUUGGAUGUUUCGGGUUUCUGAUUGGAGACACCACGAUUUUGAAUUAUAAACAUCAAACAUUUACAACUAGCUGAGCGGGAGGCGUCACCAAUUGUGUAUUUUCUUGCGCUAUUAAAUGUAUAAACCAUGCUGAUGUCGUCUUCUCAGCCAUGAGUUCAUCGGUUCAUCCACAGAUUUAUUCUCUUAGUUUGUUUUUCUGCGCAAAACACAGUGCAAGUGCAACUAGCUGACGACGGCAGCAGGGUUUCUGUGAGAUCCCGGGUCCCUGGAAUCGCCACACUGCAAUCGUUUAGUUUAAACGCCAAGUGUGUGGUGCUGCGUCUUGACUGGUGUGUGUGUGUGUUCUUGAGAUUGAAAUAUUAAAAUGUGUGUUAUGUCUGUGGUACACGUUUUUAAAAUCUGUUAGGAUUUGAAAAUCCUCUAGUGUGCACCAGACAUUUAUUUAUACUUUUAUUUAUUCAUAAAUAUUGAAGUGCAAAAGAUAACACCAUAAACCUCAUUUAGUAUGACAUUAACUGUCUGACUAUUUGACAUAAUUCAGUGUAAAAUGUGUUUAUUUGAUUUUGAAGCUGUCUCCAUGUCUUAAUUUUAACUUUCUCCCUCCUUACCUUACUGAAGGAGAAUAAGAACCAAUUGGUGUACAUUUAAUUAACUUCAGGUGUAUAUUCAUCAUUAAAUACAGCUCAUAGUACUAUAUAUAAAAGUGCAUAGGGGGGAAAAAAACAUUUAAAGCAACUAAAGAAGCCUCUUGGAUGAGAGGUGAAAUGUCUUCAGGUAUUUUCAACCAAGUCCAGUUGCCCUUAAUUUUAACCAACCUUUGUACUGGAUGACUGAGAAUCUUCAGACAUUUAAACCAACAAACAAAUUCAAAGGUUGCAGACACUCAAUUUAGACAAUAGUAAAAAAUACAUUAACACAUUGAGCCAAUCACUAAUGCUUUGGCUGAAGAGGAGGAUUUACACAGGAAUUCAUGGCUGACACAGAUAUUAACCACUACACUACUAUGGGAACAUUACUCAUUAGGCCAAAAAUCUGUCCACUUGACUCGUGUCUCAAGAGGUGUCUUCAACAAUGUCUUUUUCCACUAGGGGGCAAAGAAUCACUAUGAAUAUGAUUACAUGCCUGCUGUGAGAACUGAAUAUGGUAUCAAAGCAGCUUUAACUUCACAUGUCCAGGAAGUUGUUCUAUUUAUCUAUGGGAACAUCACAAACUACCUAAAUAAAAAUCAGUGCGCAUACACACUGCUUAAACUAUCACACAGCAUACAAAGUGUUUUUAGUUUAAAGGAAUAGUUUAGCAUGUUUAGAGUUUCUAUUGGGGUUUGCAAGUUCUCUCAAGCGGUUCUUUCUUUUUUUCACAGCUCAUCCACUCUAAUUGAAAAUAAAAAUGCAGAGAAUGUUUUUUUUAAUGUUGUACUGACUGCUGAAGAUCACAACCCUUAUAGCCUUAAUGAAUGCAGCUGAAAUAACAAAAUCAAUUAAAUUAAUAUAAAUUACAGUAAUAUUUUUCUUCAGCAAAGUGGACUUUACAUAAAAAUGAAC